UUCUUUAAAAUUAAAAUAUAAAUGGAUUAUUAAACUCAAACUAAGUCCGUACUAAACCCAUGGCCGAGAAGAAGGGAAUUCUUCCGAGCGGAGGCACUGAAUCCGGCCGGAGGGGGGGACCCCUGGCAGGUAGUACAGGCUGGAAGGAACCAGAGAGGCUUCCCGCAUACGCCACGAACUCGGAACGUUUGUCUGGCGUGCGCCGGUUCCCGAGGACGGGUGUUUCGGUUGCACGAGUCCCUGCCAUGGCAGCAGCGGAGGGGAAGGACCCGCUCAGCUUCUUCGCGGCGUACGGUAGCGACAACAGCUCGAGUGGCGGCUCGGAUGCUGAGGACGAGGAAGGCUCCGGCCGGGGGACCAAGGGGUCUUCGCAGCAGUCCCAGAACGGCACCCCCGAAGGGAAAUCGCGCUUGCCUAGGCCCGACGAGCUCUUCCGCAGCGUGAAUCGCCCGGCUUUCCUUUAUAAUCCGCUGCAUAAGGAGAUCGAUUGGGAGAGUCGGGUCCUGCGAGCUCCCGAAGAGCCUCCUAAGGAAUUCAAGGCAUGGACCACAAAUGCUGUGCCUCCCCCUGAGACUUACACUAUCAAAGAAAAAAAACCUCCACCUCCUCCUGAACGUGAUAUGGCAAUCAAAUGGUCAAAUAUCUAUGAAGAUAAUGGAGAUGAUGCUCCAAGGCAUGUAAACAAUGUACAUUUCUUACCAGAAGAAGAACAAGAAACUGUUGAAUCAGAUGGUGAAAAAGAUGAACCCAGCUCAGUUAAGAAACGCAAAUUAAACCCUGACGAGCAGCCAAAGAAGAAAAAGCAAUGAUGAAUUGGACAAAGACUGAUGAAUUUAUCAAUCAAAGUUGUCAAAGUUCUGAUUUGAUUGAUGUUUGAUGUAAAUGUCAAGUCUAUUAAUGCAAAUGUUUCUAGUGGAAACCUUUUAAUUGCAACACAACUCUUUAAACAUGUUGUGGUAAAUACAGUAUUUUUGUUCAUAAAGACUUUGGAAGUUUGUCAUAUACUCUUCCUGUUUAAGACAGAUUCAUGUGACACUAUGAACCUUAACAUACAAAAUAUAAAUUUGUUGGCAUUUAAAGAUUAAUAUUUGGAGCAAUAAGCAAAUAUUAUGAAAAGUACUACACAUGAACAGUGAUGAUAUGUGAAAUGUAAAUGUAAUAAUUGUUUUAUUAGACUACUAUUGUGAUAGAUUUUUUCUUAAUAAAAAUGCUAUUUUGGGGGGAGGGAGAGUUUUUAACUGCAUUGUGGUGAAAAUGAAUUGUUUUGAAAUGUUUGUAAAUAGUUUUAAAAUAAAGCUGCAUGUGUCAAAGGUACAUUUAUUACAAAUUUCACUGAUUGAAAUUGUAACUGAAACUGUUUCUCUGUAGUAUUAAACAAAUGUGUUUAUUGUAUAUAAGUUAAAUUAGUGAUAACUUGGAUACUUAAAUUCAGAAAUAUUUUCCUUCAUAGUUUCCAAGGGAGUUCAGUAUAAUCAGUUAAAUCUAGAAACAGUCUAACAGCCAUACAAAUAAAAAUAUGGUUUUAGGGAGAUAGAAAAUAUUCUCACGAUAUUAAGUGAACAGGAUUUAAGUUAGAUUUUCCCUAAACCCCACUUGCCUUUCCCCUUGAGACCUGUCUUGGCCUGCAAUCAUGGAUCAAAUUUUUGAUGUUUACACAGAAUUUCUGGCUGUGAACCUAUUUAUUUUAUAUACUGUUCCUUUGGUUUUAUAUUGCAAAUUGACUUGCUGUUGUCCAAUAAUUAUCCCAAGUUUGUUUAGCCAAUUUUGAUAAAAGUACUAAAAUAUAUCUCUAAAGAAAUAAAAGUGAUUGCACCUUAUUUAUAUCCUAGGAACUUCAGAGCUACUUCUCAUGGUAUGAAUUAACUCAUACAAUGGUAUACUCAAGGCUUUCUAUUGAUUUUUGUUUCAGUUUAUAUUUAGGUUAUUUGCUCUGCAAAAUAUCUCCAAGCUCUGAUUUUUAAGUUGUAGUUUUUCUUAUUAUAUUUCCAAAUUUAUUUUUUAGUUAUGUCAGUCUUAAAAGCUUUAUUUUUCUGUUUAAACCAUGUUAAGAACAGAUGGAACAAUUAACAAUAUUCAUGGGCACUUCAAGUAAUUAGAAAAAAAUGUUUGAUGUUUCUCCCCUUUUUAUAUGCCUGCAUAUAAAAUAAACUUUGGUCCCACUUUGGUGGUAUAUGAAAUAGAACUUCUUUCAUACUAUAUGCCAUUUUUGGAAUACAAUUCUUUAUGAAAUAGAAAUACAAUUAUAUAUAGAAGGAGGAUUAAGAUGCUUCAAUUGUUGAUUGACAAAGAAAAUUACAUGGAUAUAUAGCAUUACCAGGGACUAUUUCUUCCAUACUUUUGAUGUGUGUUUUUAUAUAUAUUGUACCUCUAUAUUUUGAAGUGAAUUGUUUUUAAACAGAUAGAAAUUAUCCAGCUGGAUCUUCAUGUGAAAUGUUAUCUUGUUUGUUCAUUUAUUUAAUAAACUGCAUCAAUUUCAAUUAU